AUGGCUGCCGAGGCCCCCCGCCAAUACGUCCCGCUCACCUGCCACGGCCACUCGCGCCCUGUGCCUCACAUUAACUUCUCCUCAACCUUUGAGCAGGAAAACUACUUUAUGCUGUCGGCUUGCAAAGAUGGCAACCCCAUGUUGCGCCACGGCCAGACGGGCGACUGGAUCGGCACCUUUAUCGGCCACAAGGGCGCCGUCUGGCAGGCCAAGCUCAGCCCGGAUAUGAGCAAUGCCGCUACCGCCUCGGCCGACUUUAGCUGCAAGAUCUGGAACUCGCACACGGGCGAGGUCCUCUUCACGCUCAAGCACGACCACAUCGUCCGCGCCGUCGCCUACCCCCCAACCAACUCGGACAUGGUGGCGACGGGCGGGUUUGAGAAGAAGCUUCGACUGUGGGACCUCCAGGACGCGUCGUCCAAGGAGGCCACCGAGGAGAUGGAGCUGGACGCCUCGCGCGCCCACGAGAUCGGCGAGGGCACGCACACGGACCCCAUCAAGGCCAUUGUCUGGACUAUGGAUACCAACAUCAUUGUCACGGCCUCGGGCAAGACGCUCCGCUGGUUCGACGUGCCGUCCAAGCAGAUGGUCAAGUCGCUCACCCUCGACGCCGAGAUCAAGUCGUGCGAGGCUGUCCAGCUCGAUCCCGACUUCGCCGAGCCGACGGACAUCAACGGCGGCCAGCCCGUGCUCGCCAUUGCCGCAGGCAAGGCGGUGUACUUCUACGGCGGGCCGCAGAUGAUGGACGAGCUUAAGCAGUUCAAGCUGAACCACGGCGUGGCCAGUGUUGGCCUGGAUCUCAAGCAGAGGAAGUUUGCCGUCGGCGAGGAGCCUGGAACUUGGGUCCGGGUCUACAGCUAUGAGGACGGUUCUGAAAUGGACGUCCACAAGGGCCACCACGGACCGGUGUGGUCCAUCUCCUUCUCGCCCGACGGCAAACUGUACGCCACGGCGUCCGAGGACGGCACCAUCAAGCUGUGGAAGAACUGCCCGGGCUUUUACGGGCUCUGGCGGGGCGGGGCGGCAGCAGGCGAGAAGUCGUCGGAUUAG